UACACCGUCUGAGAUUGACCCUCCUCUUAGGAGGGUUAGGAGACUUCGGGCGGUUUGAGGAAGCAGCUCCAGAGCCUCAGAUCCCGGCCGGGCGGGAGGGCAGGGAUCGCCGCUGGGUGUAAUGCGCUGACCCGAGGGCCAUUCAUUUCUGGGAUUCCAGACAUAACAGCAGGAAGGGAGGCGAGGGCCUGGAACAAUCUGUGAAAUGGGCUGGGGACUCUUGGAGGCCCCAGGCGGCCACCCCACGCGCCCUGAGCUCAGCGUGGAGUCUGUGCCUCCGCCACUCUUGCUGGGAACCGCCGGGACCCGCCCCAUACCCUCCUCCGCCCCGCCCCGAGGCGGAGCGAUCCGUGGCUCCGCCCCCUGGAGGACACUUCCGGCGCGACGGACCUCCGGGCAGGGUGUGCAGUUGCCUACGGGCCAUCCCUGCAGUUUCCGACGCGCGACCCAUGAGUGCGGCGCCCCUGGUGGGCUACAGCUGCAGUGGCUCGGAGGAUGAGACCGAGGCCGGGACGCGGACCAGGCCGGAGGCUGGGGGCCGCCGCGGUGGCCAAAGCCCUCCUUGUGGUCAGAGGUUUCCCGUACCUGAUAGUGUGCUGAACAUGUUCCCAAGCACUGAGGAGGGGCCUGAGGAUGACAGUGCAAAACAUGGGGGACGAGUGCGCACCUUCCCCCAUGAGCGGGGCAACUGGGCUACCCAUGUGUACAUACCGUAUGAAGCUGAGGAAGAAUUCCUGGAUCUGCUGGACGCGUUGCUGUCCCAUGCCCAAACAUACAUCCCCCGGCUGGUAAGGAUGGAAGCAUUCCACCUCAGCUUGUCCCAGAGUGUGGUUCUUCGCCACCACUGGAUCCUCCCAUUCGUGCAGGCGCUGAAAGACCGCAUGGCCUCCUGCCAGGGGUUCUUCUUUACUGCCAACCAGGUCAAGAUUUAUACCAAUCAAGAAAAAACCAGGAUGCUUGUGGGAAGAGCAGUGGAUGUUAGAGAGCAGUCUUCAAGAGGAGCCCCUGAGCUUGGGGUCAGUGACAGCAGGAGCCACGAUGGAGAACAGGGUGUGGAAUGCAGAAGCAUCUGGGUUUGCAGAGUUGACAGUGGCAAAUGGAGGACCUUUGUUGGACUCGAGGUCACCUCGGGGCAUGCCCAGUUCCUGCACCUAGUUUCAGAGGUGGACAGAGUCAUGGAGGAAUUCGACCUCACCACUUUCUACCAGGACCCUUCCUUCCACGUGAGUCUGGCCUGGUGUGUGGGCGAUGCGCGUCUCCAGCUGGAAGGGCAGUGCCUGCAGGAACUACAGGAUAUCGUGGAUGGGUUUGAAGACUCCGAGAUGCUGCUGCGCAUGCACGCCGACCAGGUUCGCUGCAAGUCUGGGAACAAGUUCUUCUUCAUGCCUUUGAAGUGAGCACCAGAGGCCUCCCUUGUCCAGGUCCCUCUGCAGGCCAGGAAGAGAUGGAGGAGCCUGCAAAAAUCGAUGGGGAUGCCCCCAGCCUAGGAGCUAGGAGGCCCCAGGCACGCCUUCAGCCUGGCAUGCCAUGUAGCCACUCCUUGUCCCUGUGGGUGCCUUCACUCUCCAGGCCCUGCUGGGUUCCAGGUUGAGUGCUGCUGUGUUGUGGUCAUUCCCAGAAAUCGCCGGAAGAGGGCAGCCUUAUUCUUGCUCUAUCAUUAUGCAGGAAGAAAUAUUGGGGUCACCAGGCAAGCCCACCCACACUGAGCCAGAAGCCCCACUGUACUAUGCUAAUGAAUAGCCACCCCCUCCCACUUCCCCCUAAGCAGUUUGUAUUCUGAUGCGUUGGCCUCAGACCAGGGUUGUUUAAGUCAUCAUGCCCUGGCUCUCCCUGGUCAAACCAGGACAGGGAGUGUUUCAGUGGGUCUGUCACCCUCCCUCCUUUAAGCGUGUCCCUCUUAUCUAUUUACUUUAAAUCUCGCCCCUUCCUGUGCCAGCAGCGGCCACUUCAGGGCCUCAGCACAGGGUGCUAAUUUGUGGCUUAGCAUCCAUUUUUCUCCAUUUCUUCCUCCCACUCAGCCCCAGCCAGGUGCCUGGGGAGGCUUGAGCAGAUGUUUCACUUCUGUCUGCCCAGUGGCCGAAAGCCAGGCCUCCAACGCUGUGGCCUCUGGCUUCCCCAUUGGCGGUUCCCAAAGAAGCAGAGAGGCGCCUUCCCCCAAACUUCUGCGUGCCUCCUGCUGCUGGGGCCUGCAGGGCAUCCCUGGCUUCCCAAGGGGAACCGACUUGGAGGGAGGGAGGGAGGCAGAGAGGGAGGGCAUGGGAUUUCUACUGUUGCCUCAGCCCUUGCCAAGGCAAGGGACCAGUCCUCUGCAGUUGUCACCCAGAUUUUUGGUGAUGGAUGAAGAAAUAUUUUUAGAUUACUGUUUUAAUUUGCAUUAAACAAAUAAAAAUGACAU